AUGUUUCAUAGCAAUAACAAUGCAGACUGUCCUGAGAAGAAAGACUCGGACUGCACUGGACAGGCUGCGCUGGCAUCUGAGGAGAAGGUGGAUCGGAACAGCCGCAAAAUAGACUGCAUCAUUUGCUUCUCUAACUAUAAUCUGUCAAACAGACUGCCCCGCAGGUUAUACUGCGGCCACACCUUCUGCCAGGCCUGCAUCCGGCGGCUAGACACCAUCACCAACGAGCAAAGAUGGAUUCCGUGCCCGCAGUGCCGUCAGAACACGCCCACGCCACGAGGAGGGGUGGCCAUGUUGGAUCUGGAUCUGACGGCCUUUCUGGCAGUGAAGGCUGAGAAGAACACCCGGUCAGUCAGUAAAACCUUGGAGAUGGACUCUGAACUCAAAGUAUUUGGCAAGAAUAUUCCGGUCAGCAGCCAGCCCCCCGGAUCAUGUCAGGACCCUGUCCAGGAUCCCCACUUUCCAAGGAGAAUGUGCUGCAAGAAUUGGUUCUGCUGCACCAACUGUGUGUAGACAUAACAAGCUGACACAACGUAGCAGUGUUGGCACCAGACUGCCGAUGCCGUGUCAGCUACACAUUGCCACGGCCAAAGUGAUCUACGUUUCUAAAAACAAGCACAGGGUUAUUCAAUAAAAAGUUAAUUCACAUAGAAUUUCAACUUUUACUCCCAAAGUGACCGAACUCCAAGUCAGACAAUACCAGGUCAGUUGUUUUGACCUAAAAUCUUAAAAUCCGAAUCUGAAUUCCUGACAAUUGACACUUUAGUGACCAUUGCUCUCAGUUCUAUGUCAGAUAUUUUCCCUCAUGUCAUAUUCCGAUAAAUAAUCUAAAUAUUGUCUGAGACUAAAUAAUUCCAUGAAUGAAUUUUCCAGCGUUUUAUUCCUGUUAUUGCUAUAAAAUAAAUGUAUGUAUAAGGUAAGUGGGUGCACAGUAUGAAAUCAUAUUACUGCUGUUUGGACCGACGCGCAGAGGGCAUCAGGGGAGAUCUUCUAUUGCUCCACCUACUAGACAGCCGGUUCAGAAGUUGGCUUUCCAGGAUUACAGAGCUCCAGCUCCAGCUGUUAGGAAGCCAUGGAAGCUGUAGAUUGCCUGCUGCGUCAUUACUCCGUUGACAAUAAAUAAGGGUAAGGUAGUCCGGAGCUCUGAAAACAUACUGGACCAACAGCUCUUAGACUCAACUAAUCUCCUAAAAUCCCUAUAGGCACCCCACGGUUUUAAACAUGUCUCUGUAAAGGGUGUGUGGUGUA